AUGAAGCUUUCUCUCUUCCUCGCUACGGUCCUUUUGGCCAGCGGCUCUCUUUCACGUCCGGCUCGUAAUCGUCGAGCAGCACGAACAUUCGGCUCUCAGCCCCUCAUUCGUGUCCCUGGAAAGACUGAUGCCACUGAAACCAAUGGCACGGCAAACGUCUCAUACUCCUCGAAUUGGUCUGGUGCUGUCCUCGAAAGCCCACCAUCCGGAGAGUCCUUCACGUCUGCCGUUGGUACCUUCACCGUACCUGCGGUCUCGGCCGGUACAGGCAGCGCGAGCUCGUGGUCCAGCAGUGCGUGGGUCGGCAUCGACGGCGACACGUACGGCAACGCCAUUCUUCAAGCUGGUGUAGACUUUACUAUCGACUCGUCAGGCAGUGUGACCUACGAUUCCUGGUACGAGUGGUACCCGGACUACGCGUACGACUUUGACAACUUUGACGUCUCGGAAGGAGAUGUCAUUACGAUCUCUAUCGCCUCGAGCAGCAGUUCCGAGGGCACCGUUACCCUGACCGACGAGACUACUGGGCAGAGCGUUAGCCAAACGCUGAGUGCGCCAAGCAGCGAUGCGACGCUCGCAGGCCAGAACGCGGAGUGGAUUGUUGAGGACUUUGAGCAAAAUGGCAGUCUCGUGCCGCUGAGCGACUUCAACACCGUCACUUUUACCGAUGCAUCGGCCACGACGGACUCUGGAGAUUCCGUGGGCUUGAGUGGGGCUACGGUGAUUGAUCUUAAGCAAGACAAUAGUGUUUUAACCUCAGUCACGAUUGAGAGCGAUUCCUCAGUAGAGAUUACCUAUGUCUAGGAUUCUUUCAGGGAAAUUCAUAGCACAGGGGCAGAAUUUGCAGAGAUCUCUUCUUUUUUUUCAUGUCUUGAUGUUGUAACUAGAUGACUUGCGGAGGAAUUGGGGUUUCUUCUUUACGUCGGGGGGUGUUGGUGUUGGAAGUUACCGUGCUAGUCCCUUGAUUAUUUAACUUACACACGGACAAAGACAAAGG